GAGAGAGAGAGAAGGGCGUAUGGUAUUAAUCGGCCAAGCAGAAAGCCCCAGUCCAACUGACAGCGGCGGCUAGCAGACGAGGCAACGAGAGAGGCAGAAGAGAAGCCCGAUUUCUCCAAUGUCAACAGUCUAUAUUCUAAGGCAGUGAAAUAUAUACAAAUAAUUUACGGGAUGAUGAUAUUAAUUUUUACUGAUGAUUUUUGUUUAACACACGGAUAUCAUAUUCAUUAUUAAUAGACCAUCUGCCUACACACACUCGAACCGGAACACCGGUUUACAGGCAGCGUGCGUGGGUAACGUCUACGGUACGAUGGAUGGUAUUCUGUGUCAAUAUCGAUCGGUGUGACUACCUCGAGUCACCUUUGAGUCACUGGAUUGUUUCACGUGAACGUUUAUUUCUCGAAACGCAACGCGAGUAGGCUAAUCAACUAGUCAUCGUACUGAACGGGCUUUCCUGCCACCACCGGGGUGGAAUUGUGAAACCUUCGCUUAUUGUGGCCCGAAUUCUUCAUUGGAAUAUGUUUUAACAGAAACAGUUUCUUGGGAAAUGUCCUAGUGUUCACAGCUAAUGCCAACGGGACCAUUUAAACCUGAACUAAUCAGAUGAUGAAGAUUCCGUCUCCCUGAGUCAAUGACGGCUAAAAUGGAUACCCCUUUCUACCACGACGAAGCCCCAGGUAUUCCUCACAACUUCGGACAUCACCAUGCCGAUUACCAACGUUACCAGGGCCACAAGACGAUGAGUAAGAAGGUGGCGCAUAACUUCUCAGGCGGUUCCCACAGCAGCUCUGGCCUGAAACUGUCACAAAGCCAGCCGGGGAGUAACUGUAAUAUCAAUCCUAAUAAUCUGGGAGGGAUUAACAGCAACACAAACAGCUCCUUAAUGCCCGGCGGCUUGUCAGAUAUGAACCUUCUGAAGCUAGCCUCCCCUGACCUCGAGCACCUCAUCAUCCAGUCUAACCAGGGCUUGGUGACGACAUCUCCUGUCCCCAACCCUAACGGAGGUAACCCCUUCAUGUACCGGAACAACGCCACUAACGAACAGGAGGGUUUUGCCGAUGGGUUCGUCAAAGCCCUGGCGGAUCUUCAUAAACAGAACCAGCUGGUUGGAGCUCCCGUGUCCCCUUCCUCCUCUAUGCAAGGCCCCUACCAGAGGAACAUCAUGUCUGCAGGAGACCUGCCCAUCUAUACCAACCUCAGCAGCUACAACCCGAACCACCCCAGCCAUAUAUCAUCAUCCUACCCAGGGGGCCAGAUGCCCGACAGCUACCCAGGCCACGGCCCCCACGGACCCGGAGGCCAGGGACCCCACCAUCCUCACAACAGGGGGUUGGACGCCCCUCAGACUGUCCCAGAGAUACGUCACCCUUCCGGGGACCCCACCUCCUCCCCUCCCUCGCUCUCUCCCAUCGACCUGGAGACCCAGGAGAGGAUCAAGGCCGAGAGGAAGAAACUACGUAACCGGAUCGCGGCGUCUAAGUGUCGUAAAAGGAAGCUGGAGCGGAUCUCCAGGCUCGAGGAGAAGGUGAAGGUUCUGAAGACCCAGAACUGUGACCUGACCUCCACCGCCUCGGUACUGAGGGAACAGGUGGCCCAGCUCAAACAGAAAGUCAUGAAUCACGUCACCAACGGCUGUCAGAUAGCAGUGAGUUCAGCCACCCUGCAGGCCAACAGCACCCGGGAGAGGGACAGCACCAACUGUUGAUCAACGGACUGUACUGUACAGGGAUGAGAAGUGUAUUUUUUUUCUGUUGCUCUGAGUCAGUCCUCUUUAAAGGAGGUAGUACCUCUACUGUACAGGGAUGAGGAGUGUUGUGAUGGUAAGUGAAAUAUGCUAACUACGUGAGUGGUUGGGGAGAAGGGAGAAUCCCACCUCUCUAUGCUAACUGCUAACUACGUGAGUGGUUGGGGAGAAGGGAGAAUCCCACCUCUCUAUGCUAACUGCUAACUACGUGAGUGGUUGGGGAGAAGGGAGAAUCCCACCUCUCUAUGCUAACUGCUAACUACGUGAGUGGUUGGGGAGAAGGGAGAAUCCCACCUCUCUAUGCUAACUGCUAACUACGUGAGUGGUUGGGGAGAAGGGAGAAUCCCACCUCUCUAUGCUAACUGCUAACUACGUGAGUGGUUGGGGAGAAGGGAGAAUCCCACCACUGUAUGCUAACUGAUAACUACGUGAGUGGUUGGGGAGAAGGGAGAAUCCCACCACUGUAUGCUAACUGAUAACUACGUGAGUGGUUGGGGAGAAGGGAGAAUCCCACCUCUCUAUGCUAACUACGUGAGUGGUUGGGGAGAAGGGAGAAUCCCACCUCUCUAACCUCUACAGACACUUUGAGUUGUUGUAGUAGUAACACAACAAGACAUUUCACUUUUAUUUUGCCCUCGCGCAGCCCUGAAAGUGACCAAAGCACCUCUGUUUGACAGAAGAGUACCCCAUGAAAACCUCUCCUUGACAGAAGAGUACCCCAUGAAAACCUCUCCUUGACAGAAGAGUACCCCAUGAAAACCUCUGUUUAACAGGAGAGUACCCCAUGAAAACCUCUCCUUGACAGAAGAGUACCCCAUGAAAACCUCUCCUUGACAGAAGAGUACCCCAUGAAAACCUCUGUUUAACAGGAGAGUACCCCAUGAAAACCUCUCCUUGACAGAAGAGUACCCCAUGAAAACCUCUGUUUAACAGGAGAGUACCCCAUGAAAACCUCUGCUUGCCAGGAGAGUACCCCAUGAAAACCUCUCCUUGACAGAAGAGUACCCCAUGAAAACCUCUGCUUGACAGGAGAGUACCACAUGAAAACCUCUCCUUGACAGAAGAGUACCACAUGAAAACCUCUGCUUAAGAGAAGAGUACCAGACUGACGACUGCAGUCUACAACACUGAACCAAGUAACCAUUAGAAGAGUGAGUAGUGGAGGAUAUUGUGCCUCUAGUAUACAGUUCAGUAGGUCCCGGGUGUUUGUGGUAAACAGGAAGUAUAAUAACUGAGAGAGUAUGAAACAUUCGGGGUUCCCAUCACCUCAGAACAAGAAUUUCUACAUUCUAGGUCAUCUCUAUGAUAAAAAAUAAUAUGAAGAAAAACACGGUUCUAUGGUAUUUUUACCCGAGUAUUGUCAGUUAUAAUUGUCAUUAUCUGAGUAUUGUCAGUUAUAAUUGUCAUUAUCUGAGUAUUGUCAGCUAUAAUUGUCAUUACCUGAGUAUUGUCAGUUAUAAUUGUCAUUAUCUGAGUAUUGUCAGUUAUAAUUGUCAUUACCUGAGUAUUGUCAGUUAUAAUUGUCAUUAUCUGAGUAUUGUCAGUUAUAAUUGUCAUUAUCUGAGUAUUGUCAGCUAUAAUUUUCAUUACCUGAGUAUUGUCAGUUAUAAUUGUCAUUAUCUGAGUAUUGUCAGUUAUAAUUGGCAUUACCUGAGUAUUGUCAGUUAAUAAUUGUCAUUAUCUGAGUAUUGUCAGCUAUAAUUGUCAUUACCUGAGUAUUGUCAGUUAUAAUUGUCAUUAUCUGAGUCAGAUGAUAAGGUUACAUCUGUAGUAAAGUUGAGUUUGACUUUAGAACAAAUGACAAUUAAUGGUAUUGGAAGAGUCUCGUGUGGCACCUCAAGGCCCAGAGCAUACUCAUUCUACGCUGUAGUUUGAAGUUAAGGGAAUUCAAGCUUUUUCCACUUAAAAAAAAAAAGUUAAUUGGUCAAAGUAUCACAAUGUUGUUGAUCAAAUCCAUCGGGCUUAAUCAUGUGAUGUAGAUAAAGAGGUGCAGAUUUAUUUGUUUGAGUCACUUUAGUCUCUUGUCUUGGAAUAUAUUAUCUGUCUGUUUAGAAUUGUGCAUUGUGUGUAUGAGAUGACAGCAAAACCAACCUCUAGAGACAUUCAACUCUAAGGGUUGGAUACAAUCCGUAUUGCCAAAGUAUUGCCGAAUAUCCGCGUUAUAGCUUGUUUGAAAUUUAAAGGCAAUGUUCCCGCGUUUGCGGAGACUGCAUUCAGGGUAAAAGAUGCAUAUGUUGGCUUCAUGGGAAAUUACCUUUUCAUUUUAACACGGAUCUUGUGCGAUCCGGAUUGAAUCCAGACCUAAAUGUGUUUUUUAUUAAAUAACUGUGUUCAUGUGAAACAGACAGAAGUUCUUGUGAUAUAUAAAUAGUUUAAAUAGAUUUAAACCAAUCACAUCUUUGUAAGAUUACUAUUGGUUGUCAUUUUGGAACAUGGCUGAUUCAUUUUGGAACCUUGGUAAUUCAUUUUGGAACCUUGGUAAUUCAUUUUGGAACCUUGGUAAUUCAUUUUGGAACCUUGGUAAUUCAUUUUGGAACCUUGGUAAUUCAUUUUGGAACCUUGGUAAUUCAUUUUGGAACCUUGGUAAUUCUGAAAGAUUUUCCUCCAUUCCAACCAAAAUACCCUUUGCACUGUUCUCCCUGUAAUAAUGUUGACCUAUAGGUUUUAGUGUAGGAGUCAAAUGAUGUUCAAUGUGGUAACAUUGUGGAUCAGUGCUGUGUUAACCUGAACUACACUGUGUCAGAGAUACAUUUUCAAAGACAUUUUAGAUAAACUUGUUGUGUUAAUAGACGGACAAGGGAAGAGACUUCUUGAGAAUGCAGCAAGCUACAAUGAAGCAACAAGACAAGGGCUUUUAAUCAAUAGAUAGAUAAUGAUUUUAUUUCUUGUUUUAUAACAUUUCUGGAGCAAUUUAUUUAUGCAAAAUGUAUCUUUGGUAUUUAUGUUUUUGGGGAAAUAUGAUAUUGCACAUAAAUCAAAACAUGAAAUCUUGUGUGAUAUUUAUCUGUGGUCUCAACAUGGACUCUGUGUAGACAUGUUUCUACAAACUAUUUCAUACUUUAUUUAAAGCGUUUUCCUAUGAUUGUCGAUAAAGUAUUUAAAUCAUAUAAUAAGCGCUCCACUUUCUAUAUGAAUUAGCUUAACUUCUUCACAAAAACAAUGAUUUAAUGCAGUGGACCAACAUGGCAACUUAAAGAAAACUGUUUUGUUGAUUGAUGCUUAAACAUUUUUGAAAGAUAUCUUUAAGUCUCUGUACUGUAAGUACUAUUACAUAGUUGGUGCACUGAAUGUACUUUCCUAUAAUUACAGUAUAUACAUAAACAAUGGUAUUUAUGUACACAGAGUGUACAAAACCUUAUGAACACCUUACUAAUAUUGAGUUGCACCCCAUUUUAACCCCAGAACAGCCUCAAUUCAUCGGGACAUGGACUCUACAAGGUGUCGAAGCCGUUCCAUAGGGAUGCUGGCCCAUGUUGACUCCAAUGCUUCCCACUGUUGUGUCAAGUUGGCUGGAUGUCCUUUGGGUGGUGGACCAUUCUUGAUCCACAAGGGAAACUGUUGAGUGUGAAAAACCCAGCAGCGUUGCAGUUCUUGACACACUCAAACCGGUGCGCCUGGCACCUACUACCAAACCCCGUUCAAAGGACUUAAUAAUUUUGUCUUGCUCAUUCACCCUCUGAAUGGCACACAUACACAAUACAUGUCUCAAUUGUCUCAAGGCUUAAAACUCCUUCUUUAACCCCGUCUCCUCCCCUUCAUCUACACUGAUUGAAGUGGAUUUAACAAGUGACAUCAAUAAGAGAUCAUGGCUUUCACCUGGUCAGUCUAUGUCAUGGAAAGAGCAGGUGUUCUUAAUGUUUUGUACACUCAGUGUGCGUCUUCGUCUGGAGAAAAAAAGAACGAAUAAUCAAGACAGACUUUAAAUCUCUCAAAUCAUUUUUGUGAGCGUCAAGGAAAAGAUGUAUUUUUUAAACUUGAAUAAGGCUUUUGAAGUCAAUUAUGAUAAUGAUUAUAUUUUUGUACAAAAUGUAUUCAACGUUGUUAGAGUUCAAUUAUUGAGUGAAAAAGGAUGAGUUAAACCUUCUGACAUGUUGGUGUGAUUGUUAUAGUUCCAUAAUAUACAUGAUUUAUUGAGGUGGAUGUUUAAAAUGAUAUUAUUUUGUAUGUACUGAAGUAGGUGCACAUAGGAACACUACUCUUUGUCAUGUAAAGUCAUCUUGUGUCGAUUUCAGUAAAAUAGUAUUCAUACACUUUCAAGAGUCACAUAACUUUUUCCCCCAGGAUAAGUCAGAUCAAAAAAAAGGUUGUUGAUGGGACGAGGAAGGUUGUGUCUAA